AAAAUUAAUGUAAAAGGUUAAGACUUAAAAUUACAAAGAAUCUCACACUUUGGAGGAGAGAAAGAAAAGAGUAUAAGAAUAAUUAGCAAAAUAUCCUGAAAUGAUUCCAAUAAUUGUGGAAAAGAUUCCAGGGUGUAAAUUACCUUAAUUGUAAAAAGUGAAGUACCUUUAUUUAAAUGAUUGAAUAUAGGUUUUUAGUGAAUUCUACUUUCUCUUUUAAUGAAUUUAAAAAUACAAUAAAAAAGAAAUUACAAUUAGAUGAAAAAACAUCAACUUUAUUUAUGUAUUGUGGAAAAAGCCUCAUGAAUGAACGUAUAUCAUAUUAUGAAUAAGUAGAUGAUAAACUGAGAAACAUUUACGAUUAAUACAAAGAUCCAGAAGAUGGAUUCCUUUACUUGCAAUAUGCCGAUGCAGAAACCUUUGGUUAAUGAAUAAAUAAUAAUUUCUAUAAUAUUUUAA